AUGGGUGCAGAAUAAUCUGUAGCACAAGGAAUUGUUAAAUCAAAGAACUUUACAAUUUUAGGUUAUAAGGAAAAUGAAAUUUAUGGAUCUUUCAAAUUAAUUGAAUCUCAAUCAAAAUAAUAUGCCAUGGUCUCUAAGACUUGUUAGAAUUAUGAAGAUUAUACUAAUUUAUGUUAGAUACUCAAAGAAACUAAAUCUCUGAAUGAAAUUGAUCAUUUAGUAAAAUUAGUAGAAGUUGAUACUUAAGAAGAAUCUAAUUUAUGUAGUACAUUCUAUAGAGUCACUGCUUUAUAUGAAUAUUAUGAUAUAAGUUUAAGACAAAUCACAAAAUAAGCAUCAAUAAAUUGUUUAUUUGUUUUGAAGUGUCUAGCAGAUAUACUGAGCUAAUUAUAUGAACAUAACAUUGUCCAUGGAAAUUUAACUCCAGAUCAUAUAUUAAUUGAGAAGAUAAAAGGAGAAGUAAAAUUGAAUAAUUGUACUCAAUUAACUGGAUAUAAUCAUUACAAAAGAAUAUUAUCAGGUGAUAGUUUAUGGUAUUUAUCACCUGAAUUACUUACUGCAUUAGGUAAGAAGGAACUCAGACCUUAAUAUAAUCACGAGAAGAAUGAAGUAUAUCAAUUAGGAUUGAUAGCUUUAGAAUUUUGGGGAAAUUGUAAUAUUUCAGAGAUUUAUGAUAAAUAGAAUUAUAAAAUGAAUGAAAGUAUAUAUUAUUUAAUAUAUGAUAGAUAUAAUAUAGGAAUCAAUAGAUGAAUUUGGAGUGAGAAAUGGAUAUGUAUUAAAAAAUGUGAUAAAAUAAAUGUUAUAGGAAGAUCCAAAUGCUAGACCAACAAUGACUGAAUUGAGUUAAUCAUUUAAACAGUUAUUUGAUAUAAAAUAAUAAGUGGAAGAACCAAAAGUUUAAAAUUAUGAAGAGUAGGGAAAUUAAUAUGAAUAAACAAAUAAUUAUUAAGAAAUAAACAAAGAAACACAUGAAAUUUAAGAUGAAAUAUUAUAACCUAAUAAAGAAUCAUUUUAAUAUUAAGAGGGAACCUAGAGGGAUAUUCAAAAUGAAAACUCACCUAGAGUUUAAUUUGAAGAAUCACCUAAAAAAAUGGAAAAAUAAAAUGUAGAUUUUAAUAACCAAUCAGUAAAAUAGUCUAUAAAUUAAUCAAUAAAAGAAUUCUAUGUAACAGGAUCAAUUGCUGCUUAAUUUGGAUAAUUAAAUUUACUUGAUAGUAAUUCAGACUUUAAGACAAAUGGAAUAACUCAAUUAGAAAAUGAUGGAGAUGUACUAUAAGAAAAGUCAUAAAAUCAUCCUACUUCACCUAAAGGGUAAGAUUCUAUCAAACCAAAAAAGAGUGUUAAGGUUAAUACAGCUUCAGCAAACAAAAAGGUAGUUUCAAUAAAAAGACCUAAACAUGAGAUUAUGGAUACUAAAUUACCUAAAUAAGCUGUGGUUGUGAGCAAAAAAAGAUGA